UUCUCCAAGCUGAGUUGCCCUAUCAAGAACGCAAUAGAAAGAAAUAGAGGAUAUCCUGUGAAGUAGUCAUCUUCUCUAGUUCUCUAAUUCACUUUUUACAUAUAUACAUACACUGCUCCUUCUUGUGUUAGUAUUUGUGGUACUGGUUUUUCUUUUUUCCUUUUGAAUGGCUUCUUUCUUGAAUGAUUUCAUGAGCUUCCUCUGUUGAAUUAGAUAUUAGAGAUAUGAGUAAUAAACAGAGACCAGGAGCCAGAGUCAUGUUCUAUCAAGUCUACGACAGAGGUUAAGCUAAGAGUUUUAUUUUUCUGUCAAAUUAACUUGCUCUUUCAUUGAUUUGUGUUAAAUUUUGGCGAAUACCCAUCAAAAUGGAUGUGGAGAGGAAGAUGAAAAAGGGGAACUUGAUCGUGAAAACAUGGGAGAGAUGCAAAUCGAUUGGCAGAGGAAGCAAGACCUCGUCAAUGGUUCAUGCUCUGAAUACCAAAAGCAAGUCAUGGCCGCAAAUUGACGUCUCUUCUUCUAUUGAUCGUGAUUACAGUGAUCGGAAACGGUCGUUGAAGAAGCGACAGGUGGCUCCGGAUGGUUGUUUUACGGUGUACGUUGGAGCGGAGAAACAGAGGUUUGUAAUCAAAACAGAGUAUGCAAACCAUCCGCUGUUCAAGAUGUUGCUGGAUGAAGCAGAGUCCGAGUAUGGUUACACAAGUGAAGGUCCUAUAUCGCUGCCUUGUAACGUUGACUACUUCUGCAAGGUACUCAUGGCUAUGGAUGAUGAUGAUGGUGAGGAUCGUGAGAUGAGGAGUGGAUGUGGGUUUCCGAGGAGUCCGGCCUCAUAUCGACUCCUCAGUCCGUCUCCUUUGAUCGCCAUAAAUCAGUUCUGAAGGUGUUUGAUGUAUUGUCUGUGUGAUGGAUGUAUGUCUGGUUUUAGUCACUGAAGUUGUGUCUUGUCUUGUAUUGUGUGUUUGAUUAUGUUGUUUUAGUUUGGUGGUCUUGGAGUCUUGUUAGUUCUAACCUUAUGUGAAAGGUUAUAACUUUUUAAUUACAAGCUUUGUAUGGGUAAAUUGUGUCUGUUUAGUUCAAGUCUUGACUUACUAUUAAUUAAGAAUUUUGGGUUUUAUUUUGCAA